AUGGCGCAAGUAAUAUGCAAAGGUGAUAUUAUUAAUGGUCUUAAAAUAUUGAUUAGGCAAGAAAGCCAGUCUGCUCAUUCUAUGCAUUGCUUCUCUCAUCAGCUUCAACUAAAUCUAGUUGCAGUUUCUAAAAUAUGUGUUGAAGUGGGAAAACUUGUAGUAUUGGUUUCAAAUAUUUUGAUGGGCUUGCAUCAAGAACUUGGUCUUGCUAGAUCUGGUGAUACUUAUUGGGGAUCUCACUAUAAAUCUUUUAGUAACUUUAUUCUUAUGUUUGGCUCUAUUCUUGAUGUUCUUGAGUCACUUGUUCUCGUUGCACAUUCUUCGGAUGAAAGGGCUAAGGCAAAGGGAUAUCUCAGAACUUGUCAAACAAUUGAGGAUGUAUUCAUGUUGCAUUUGAUGAGAAAUGUUUUAGGCAUCACAAAUGAGCUUAAUAAAUGCUUAGAGAAAAAGGAACAAGAUAUCACAAACGCCAAGCUACUUGUUGAACUAUCUGUAUUUUGUAUCGAAUAUGAAAAGAUACCUAACUUUGAUGAGUUAUCUGUAUUUUGUAUCGAAUAUGAAAAGAUACCUAACUUUGAUGAGUCAUAUGUUAGCUCUUUAAGAUCACGACGUAAACAUGUUGAUUAUACAAUCUCACAUCAUUAUCGUCUUGAAGUGUUUCACAAAAUUACUGAUUGGCAACUUCAAGAAUUUGAUAAUCCUUUUGGCGAAGUGGCAAUUGAUUUGCUUCAUGGAAUUGCUUGUAUGGUUGCUCUUGACAAUAAGCUUGCAAGUUACAUUGUUGAUGUUCGUGAUGUUAAUGAAAGGUUCUCUAAUCUAAAUCGGUUUUGUAAUCUUUCAAAAAGAUUAGUUCAGACAAAGAAGCAUUCAAGUUAUCCUUUUGUAUUCUGCUUAAAACUUUCUUUGCUUACACUAGUUGCCACUACAUCCGCUGAAAGAGCUUCUUCGGCAAUGAAAUUUACCAAUAAUUACUUGUGGAGUCGAAUGAGUGACGUAUCUUUUUAG